AUGAUGAUUUACGCCACGCCCAGCACGGGAGCCCUGAGAACGGAGAGUGGCUGGAACAGGCCGGUCACGCCCCCGGUUGUCUCCUCGGCGGGGUUGAGCUGCCGUGUCUACCGGGAGUUUGGACACGAGAAGCAACUCGUCAGCAGACAGCGGGGCGAUUGCAAAGUUAAAUCCGGAGCAGUUGAACGUAUUGUCGGCAUACUUUGGCAAACUAAACCGGGAGAAACGGGCGGUGACGAGACCCGCGAGAGAGAGACCUGCUCUGGGCACGGUGGAGAAGCUCCUACCGGAGGAUGUGUUCGUCGCAGUGAAGACGACGGUAAAAAACCACCGGACCAGACUGGGUCUGCUACUGGACACCUGGAUCUCCAGGAGCAUGCGCCAGGAAGUCACAUGAUCAACACCAAUUGUUCGUCGGCCCACAAUCGCCAGGCGCUGUCCUGCAAGAUGGCCACCGAGUAUGACCACUUCCUGUUCUCCGGACGCAAGUGGUUCUGCCAUGUGGAUGAUGACAACUACGUGAACACACGCCCGCUGGUGGACAUGCUGUCUCACUACAGCCACACCCACCACCUCUACAUAGGACGCCCCAGCCUCGACCGGCCAAUACAGGCCUCUGAGAGCCCGGUACAGCCAAUGGGAGCCUCCACGAGGACGGACCGGCCAAUGGGAACAGUGCGUUUCUGGUUUGCAACGGGAGGGGCGGGGUUCUGUCUCAGUCGAGGACUCGCCUUGAAGAUGAAACCUUGGGCUAGCGGAGGUCGUUUCCUGGAGACUGCCGAGCGGGUCCGUCUCCCUGACGACUGCACCGUUGGUUACAUUGUGGAGGCGUUGCUAGGGGAGGGGCUUACACGCUCGCCACUAUUCCACUCUCACCUGGAGAACCUCGAACUGGUGUCCCAGAUACACACACAGGUCACUCUGAGCUACAGCUUGUCCAACAGCCAGACAAACAUCAUUAACUUGAGAGGAGGGUUCUCAUUGGUCGAGGACCCCACUAGGUUUAGGUCAGUUCACUGUCUGCUGUACCCAGAGACUCCCUGGUGCCCGUCCUCUAACAGCAGCAGGUGGGAGAGAGAGGUGGAGGGAGGGAGGGACAGGAGGAUGGCGUGA